UCCAGUGCCAUUUUAGAGAGAGUACCAAAGCGGAGAAGCUUCGUGAAGAGAGAGAGUGAGAGCAUCAAAGUUGAGAAGUUUUGGGAAGCAGCGUGAUUAAUGGAAGAAGAGAGAGAAAUGGAGGUAAAGGUAGAGGAGAGAGAAUCGGGUAUUUCAGGGACAGUGGAAGAAGAAAAAGAAGGCCUGGAUUUUCCAUACUGGUCUGUUAUACGUAGAAAAUAUGAUCCUGAUGCUCCCUUCUUUGCCUCUGGUAACAUAGAGAGAGAGCUUCUCUCUAAGCAGGUGGCUCUAGAUCUUACACAAGAUGAAGAAUAUGAGCUUAGCAACAUGGCAGAUGCAGAGCAUGGGAAAAUAUGUUGCCCGAUUGCUGGUUGUGGAGCUCAGUUGAUUUCAUUGGAGGACUUUGAGGAUCAUUAUCUCUCGCGCCAUUCUGCGUCGUGCUCUGUGUGUUCCAGGGUUUACCCAACAUCACGUCUACUGAACAUACACAUUUCUGAGGCGCAUGACUCUUUCUUCCAAGCAAAAGUUGCACGUGGCUAUGCUAUGUAUGAAUGCCUAGUUGAAGGGUGUGGAGCAAAGAUGACGAGCUACAAAAGCAGGCAUCAGCACCUAGUCGACAAACAUAAAUUCCCUGAUUCAUUCGAGUUCUUGAAGAAGCACCACCCUUCCAAGAGGCAGCGCCAGAGACGCCAGGCUUGUUCAAAGAAAGGCGCAGUUGAUCAGAAAAUGAGAGGUGUGAGAGAGGAACAUCAAAAACGAGAGGAGAGAGAAGAUGAUCAAAAGGGAAUAGAGGAGAGAAAAGGGAUGGACGUGGAUGGAACCAUUGAAGAUCUUGUAUCCAAAGUUUCCAAAUUGAGCACUGCUGACUCCACACCUUCUGUUGUGAGCUUUGGUCGUCGCCAUACUCGUGGUUUAGCUUUCGUCCCUAGAAAUUUACAAAGGGAGAAAAAGCAGGAUCUUUUGACCAACAAAAAAGGUUGAACCUCCACCUCUCUCUCAUCUUUUUUAUAGUGAUUUUGAGUGUGCUCUUUUUGGGGCAUCUUCUUCACUAUUCUAGUGUGAGGGUGAUAUGGACGCUGAUGUAAUAGUAACCAAGGUGCGGAAUUUCAGAUUUGUCAAUGAAUUGGGCCUCAAGGCAAUGGUGUUGUUCAUAACACCUAAUUUUUGUUGAAAUUUGGCUUCAAUAUAGUAUUUUAACUAAUAGAAAAGCGGCUGAGCUGCAACAAAA